UCACGCAGAGCGCGCGGCCGGGAGCGGCGGUGGCGGAGGUGGUGAGGCGGCGGGUUGGGAGCUGGACUCCGGCUCCCAGUGAGCGGAACCCCUCGCGGUGCUGAGCCCACCGCCGGCCCCGGAGCCAUGGAGAUCGGCACCGAGAUCAGCCGCAAGAUCCGGAGUGCCAUUAAGGGGAAAUUGCAAGAACUAGGAGCUUACGUUGAUGAAGAACUUCCUGAUUACAUUAUGGUGAUGGUGGCCAACAAGAAAAGUCAGGACCAAAUGACAGAGGACCUGUCCCUGUUUCUAGGGAACAACACAAUUCGAUUCACCGUAUGGCUUCAUGGUGUAUUAGAUAAACUUCGUUCUGUAACAACUGACCCCUCUAGUCUAAAAUCUUCCGAUACCAACAUCUUUGAUAGUAAUGUACCUUCAAACAAGAGCAGUUUCAGUCGAGGAGAUGAGAGAAGGCAUGAAGCUGCAGUGCCACCUCUUGCAGUUUCUAGCACUAGACCUGAAAAAAGAGAAUCUAGGGUUUCUACAAGUUCACAGGAGCAGAAAGCCACUAAUGUCAGACAGACUUACGAUGAUGGAGCUGCAACCCGACUAAUGUCAACAGUGAAACCUUUGCGGGAGCCAGCACCCUCUGAAGAUGUGAUUGAUAUUAAGCCAGAACCAGAUGAUCUCAUUGAUGAAGACCUCAAUUUUGUGCAGGAGAAUCCCUUAUCUCAGAAAAAACCUACAGUGACACUUACGUAUGGUUCUUCUCGCCCUUCUAUUGAAAUUUAUCGACCACCUGCUAGUCGAAAUGCAGACAAUGGUGCUCAUUUAAACAGGUUGCAGUUUCAACAACAGCAAAACAGUAUUCAUGCUGCCAAGCAACUUGAUAUUCAGACUAGCCGGGUAUAUGAAACAGGACGUUUGUGUGAACCAGAAGUGCUUAACAGCUUAGAAGAGACUUACAGUCCCUUCUUCAGAAAUAGCUCAGAAAAGAUGAGCAUUGAGGAAGAAAACUUUCGGAAGAGAAAGUUGCCUGUGGUAAGUUCAGUUGUUAAAGUAAAAAAAUUCAGUAAUGAUGGAGAAGAAGAGGAGGAAGAUGAUGAUUGUGGGUCCCGUACAGGAAGCAUCUCCAGCAGUGUGUCAGUGCCAGCGAAACCUGAACGGAGACCUUCACUUCCACCUUCCAAACAAGCUAACAAGAAUCUGAUUUUGAAGGCUAUAUCUGAAGCUCAAGAAUCCGUAACAAAAACAACUAACUACUCUGCAGUCUCCCAGAAACAGACACUUCCAGUUGCCCCCAGAACUCGAACUUCUCAAGAAGAAUUGCUAGCAGAAAUGGUCCAGGGGCAAAGCAGGGCCCCCAGAAUAAGUUCCCCCAUUAAAGAAGAGGAAACAAAAGGAGAUAAUAUAGACAAAAGUCAAGGAACUCAACAGAGGCACUUGUUAUCCCGACUGCAAAUUGACCCAGUAAUGGCAGAAACUCUGCAGAUCAGUCAAGAUUACUAUGACAUGGAAUCCAUGGUCCAUGCAGACACAAGAUCAUUUAUUCUGAAGAAGCCAAAGCUGUCUGAGGAAAUAGUAGUGGCACCAAACCAAGAGUCGGGAAUGAAGACUGCAGAUACCCUUCGGGUACUUUCAGGACACCUUAUGCAGACACGAGAUCUUGUACAACCAGAUAAACCUGCAAGUCCCAAGUUUAUAGUGACGCUGGAUGGUGUCCCCAGCCCCCCAGGAUACAUGUCAGAUCAAGAGGAGGACAUGUGCUUUGAAGGAAUGAGACCCGCACACCACACUGCAGCCUCACACGAGGGACUCGCGGGUCUCCUCCACCCACAGCAGUUGCACUUGCUGAGCAGGCAGCUUGAGGACCCAGAUGGUAGCUUUUCAAACGCUGAGAUGAGUGAACUGAGUGUGGCACAGAAACCAGAAAAACUUCUGGAGCGCUGCAAGUACUGGCCUGCCUGUAAAAAUGGGGAUGAGUGUGCGUACCACCAUCCUGUGUCGCCUUGCAAAGCUUUUCCCAAUUGUAAAUUCGCUGAAAAAUGUUUGUUUGUCCAUCCAAAUUGUAAAUAUGAUGCAAAAUGUACUAAACCAGAGUGUCCCUUCACUCAUAUGAGUAGAAGAAUUCCAGUGGUGCCUCCAAAACCAGUUACAACACCAGCACCACCUUCUAGUAGUCAGCUCUGCCGUUACUUCCCUGCUUGUAAGAAAAUGGAAUGUCCCUUCUAUCAUCCAAAACACUGUAGAUUUAACACUCAGUGUACCAGACCUGACUGUACAUUUUAUCAUCCUACCAUUACUGUACCACCACGACAUGCCUUGAAAUGGAUUCGACCUCAAACCAGUGAAUGACACCCAGUCCUACCUGGCAGAAGACUAUGGAGUUUGAAAGUUUCCAUUACUGAUGAAAGACAUUCUACAGAAUUUGUCAAAUCUUUGAAACUUGGAAUAUAUUGCUUUCAUAAUAAUGAAGUUUAUUGCCUAUCUGAAGUGUCUAAUUUUUCAAGUUUGUAUGUUUAUUAAGUGAUUUUAACAUUGGGUGUUUUUUUGUUGUUUUGGUUUGACUAUGGAAAGAUAGUUUCAGGAGAAGCUGAAUUCUAUUAAACCAUUUGAGGCAUGUUUGUGUGUGAAACUACUGUGUUCAAGUAUCAGCAUUUACAAUGUUGGUGAUAUCAUUGUUAGUACUGAUAAUCCAGUUUCAGGCUACAGCGUUGCUCUGUGUGUAGAGAGAUGUAUGAGGGCAGUGUCCUUAUUCCAAAAGUUGGAUUGCUGUUUUCUUUGACUCUGAAAACAGGAGUGGCCCAAAGUGUUGAGGUGGCUUAAGACAGUUAUUCAGCCCGACUUUUAAAGUGAAUUUAGUAUGCAAAACAUGAUAAUACAAGCUUCUUGGGUUGAGUGCUGCUUUGGUAAGUGGUUCCCAAAUAUCUCAGUCCCUUGCUUUUCUGAGAAAGGAUGAGUGAGGUGGGACGUGUAGGGUGAAACAGCUGGAAUGGCAGAGGGCAAAACAUAGGAGCAGUUCCUUAAAAUGCCUUCAUUUACUGUUAACAUAUGUUUUUUAAAUAAAUAUUUUGGGAUCUACAUUAUCACAAAAUUAUACAAAAUUUUUUACAAGUAUAUACAUAAGGUAUCAGAACAAACUUUAAACUCACAAGAUUAUAGCUAUACAUAUAUAUAUUCUCACAUUCUGAAAAAUAACACUCUCAGAAGUAACUAACUCCACAGAAAAUAUAGUUACUAAUGAAGAUAAUUUUUUAAUGUAAAAGUUAGAUUUUUUUUAAAUGACAGACUGUAUAAUUACAGAGAUCAGAUGGGUAAACUGCAAAAUAGGACUAAACUUUUGGAAUACUGAAUGAAAACAGGCUUUUUGUGUAUGUGGUUUUAAAACUGUUAAGGCAAGAAGUGUCCAAUGCUUUAGAAUUAAAUAACGGAUCACUGAUUUUAAAGACGAUGUAGUUUUUUAAAAAGUAAAGCUGAAAGUUGGUUAGAAAAGAGUUAAUGCAAAAGGGAUAGUAAAGACUCAAAAUAUUCUCAGGACCAAAUUAAACUAUUAAAAAAAAGUUCAUUGACUUGCUUAGUCAUAUACCCAAGGGAUAAUAAAACGACAUGUGU